AUGUCUUCAGGCACUGUUGGAAAGACGAUCACAUGCAAAGCUGCUGUUGCAUGGGAGGCUGGCAAGGACCUGUCGAUUGAAGACAUCGAGGUCGCACCACCAAAAGCGCAUGAAGUCAGGAUAGAGAUCUAUUAUACUGGUGUCUGCCAUACAGACGCAUACACCUUGUCUGGCAAAGACCCUGAGGGAGCAUUUCCAAUUGUCCUUGGUCAUGAAGGUGCUGGCAUUGUUGAAUCUGUUGGGGAAGGCGUUACUUCUGUGAAACCAGGAGAUUAUGUGGUGCCUCUAUAUACUCCUGAGUGCAGAGAAUGUAAGUUCUGCAAGUCUGGCAAGACAAAUCUAUGCGGCAAGAUCCGAGCAACGCAAGGUAAAGGCGUCAUGCCCGACGGGACGUCUCGAUUCAAAUGCAAGGGCAAAGACCUCCUCCAUUUUAUGGGCACCUCGACCUUCUCGCAAUACACCGUGGUAGCGGAUAUUUCCGUGGUUGCAAUCACAGACAAGGCGCCAAUGGAUCGAACCUGUUUACUUGGAUGCGGAAUCACAACCGGUUAUGGCGCGGCUGUUGUGACGGCUAAUGUGGAGAAGGGCUCCAGCGUGGCAGUGUUCGGCGCAGGCUGCGUGGGCCUGUCCGUGAUUCAGGGUGCUGUCAAACAGGGUGCCAGCAAGAUCAUCGUUGUAGAUGUUAAUGAUGGAAAGGAGGAGUGGUCUAAGAAGUUUGGAGGUACAGAUUUUGUGAAUCCAAAUAAAUUGAGCAAGCAAAGCAUCCAAGACAAGCUUAUCGAGAUGACGGAUGGCGGCUGUGACUACACAUUUGACUGUACUGGGAUUGUGAGCGUGAUGAGAGCGGCCCUGGAGGCAUGUCAUAAGGGAUGGGGUCAGAGUAUCAUCAUCGGAGUGGCUGCAGCAGGACAAGAAAUCUCAACCAGACCAUUCCAAUUGGUUACUGGCCGAGUAUGGAAAGGUUGCGCCUUCGGAGGCAUUAAAGGACGAUCGCAGCUACCAGAUCUGGUGGACGACUACAUGAAUGGUAAGUUGAAGGUUGACGAGUUCAUCACCCAUCGACAACCUUUGGCAAGCAUCAAUACUGCAUUCCAGGAUAUGAAGGCAGGAGAUUGCAUUCGAUGUGUGGUGGACAUGAGGAAAGAUUGA